AUGGCGAGCAUGCUUCUGGUAUACAUGAUGCUGGCUCUAUGGGCUGGUAUUAUGAUCCUGCCACUGCAAUGGCAAACAGGUCGGCAGCUCAAAUGUCUGGUGGUGAUGCAUUUGUUGCAGCAAGCAAGCAAUGGCAGUACAGGGCAUGUCUCUUGGAGAUUAUUGCAGACGCGUAUGUUGGCACCAGCCAGUCCUGUCAGCAUUAUGCACAAGCCCUGGCCUCAGCUCUUACGAACAGCGAGAACGUCAGCGGAUUGCUUCACUUUGCAAAACAAGUGCUGGACAGAGACUUAUACAUGCGAUAUCUGGCAACCAUGUAUAGGCACCACCCCGAUGAUGUCGCGAGCUUUUGCACUACAUGCCACGAGCUUUGAAAGGGCAACGACUAAACACAGCGAUGGUAUAGGUAGUAAGGACACUUCCUGUUGUCUCAGGCAUCUUGCUGGUAAAAUGGGGCACAUCGAUGGAUGUACAUGGUGGACAACUAUCGAGCAGCGGCAGGACCUGUGCAAUUCGAGUGCUUCACUGCUCUUUUGCACGAUGCAACUCUCGUUCCCUGCCACCGACUGUACACAGCAAGCAUAUUGUUUCAGUUGCUCAAAGCAAACCAGAGGUUGCUACAGCGAUGCCCUUCAUAUAAGAAAAGCAACUGGCAUAUGGUGGAACCUACAGUUCUGGUAUGCACUACAUCCCAUUUCCCAGUCCCCAUAUACCUCAGAGUGUUAUACCAUGGUGAACCGCGGUCGCAGUCCACUACCUCGCCAUGGGUAUCGUUCUACACGUACGGAUGCCUCCAGAAGCCGAACCAGAAGCAGAGUUCCUCUGAGGCGACGAGAUCCUCAACCGGUGCGAUCCCCGUUACCAAGGUUAUGUGGAGAACCUGGGCGACGCCCAUUGCCCCGCCAUCGACCACAGCGGGCAGCCCGACAACGAACACCCUCACAGUCACCGACACCGGACCAUGCUAGAGAGCUGCACACAGGCGAGGCUGGUGGUUUCUUUCGCUGGCCUCGUAACAUACAGCCAGAUGACGACCUCAGCGAGGCCUCGGUCGAUGCAGGUAUGAUAUCACCAUCACAGUCACCAUCACCGAGACAUACAUGUCCAGCAAAGCUUACUUCACCUUCUCCACGACAUCGACCUUGUGCUCAUAACAAUAUUCGCUCACCGGCGACUUCAUCCUCCAGCAACAGCUCCUCGACCACUAUUAUUAGGGUGGUCGGAGCAAUGCCACGAGACCGCUCCCUGGAGCCGGCAGCUCCAGUGAUUCUUCGCGAAGCGCGACAGCCCUCGCGUGAGCGCGAGCCAGUAGCGCUUGAGCCGGCAACGAGGUCACCAGGCGGGAUACGACCUCAUCGCAUUCAUCGUGUACGACCUCUGGAGCGAACGGGGCAGCGGAAGCCUGUUGGUUCUGCUGGAGAGGUCUCCAGCCGCCAGAGCAACACCUUAGUCGAAAAGGAGGCAGAGGAGAGACGCCUGGCCAGUAUUUCUACGAUGCUUACACACAGGAAGAAACAGAAGGACGAGAAGAAGACAAACCAAGCAUUGGAGUCAGAUGCACAGCCUAUUCCGAAGAAGACGGUGAAGAAGACCAGAGUGAAAUCGAAAGCCAAGGCAAAGGAGCGCACUCGAGUGAAGGAAUUUCCCACGGGCACCAUGCUGAUCACCUCGAAGAAGCCGAAGAGCUACAAAGAGUGUCGGGUCGUAUCUUCGACUGAGGCCUACGCUAUGUCCCUGCAGGAAUUACAGCAACAGGCCAAAGAUCGACGACUCCGGCAGCUACAACGUCUUCAAGCCACCGCGGCGACAGUGGCCGAAACGUCUCUCGAUGAGCGGCCAUCCCAACCUGGUGAUACGGAGGAGGUCAUCCAGCAGGGCGCGAACUUGGGGAAUGGCGAGGCACCGAAUGUGGCGACUGUCUCUGUGGAACUGGCAGCUACCCUCCCGGAUGCAGGUCCAGAGGACAAGGUGGACGACGCUACAGCCAUCAAUCAACGAACUUCGAUAGAAGGGGAGGUCGCAACCGACGUCAACACCGCUGCCCUAGAUCAAUCCACAUCUCCGGACAACCAGCCCGUGGCCGAUACCAAUGCAGUAUCGGAUGUAGCUGGUGAAUCUGUACAAAUGGAUCUCUCUGCACAGCUGGAAAAGUAUACCGUACCCAUGGUGCACCAUGCAUUGGUUGCAAUACAUGUAUGGGUAUUCGAAGUGGAUUGCGUAACUCGAUGCCACUGCAGGACAGUCGUCCUUUUCGUGAAGAGAUCCAUGGAUAACGUCUGCAGACGGAAGCAGUACCACUGCCACAGGUCCCUUGUGACCCCGACUUGCGAGCAUCUGCAAUCUCACUAUGUAUUGCAACAGGUGACGCCUCCGACACUAUCAGACCCAUCCCGAUACACAACGAGUUUGCAUUAUGGUCUGGACCCAAGUUCUUGCAACAUCGACCAUGAGCAGCUACAGCUUAUAUGCCGGAUGAUCACCGUUGCUGACUCAUAUUAUUCUCAUACCAUGUAUGGGCAUGCUGAUACUGAUUUUCACCUUGGGAUAUAUCAGGCUCAGAAUCCUUAUAUCGACUGCUCGGUAGCCGGGACUACUGCUUGUAUUGCUACCGCCUGCCCUGUGCAAUGCCUCCCAAAAGAAGGGCAAACCACCCGGCGACUCCGCCAUCGAAGCGAAGGAGGUCACGACUCACCGACGACGACAUCUCGGAUGACUCCUAUGCCAGGAUGGAAAGCGAAAUCUUCGACAGCCCUUCGGAGACACCUGCAGAAGAAGGAGACGCCACCUCCAGACCCAGUGUCACAGGACGAGGGACCGGCACCUCCACGGGAAGUAGAGCCUCAGCCGAUACUGCCAAGCCUUCAAUGCCGACUCCCAGGCCUGCGACCACCAGCAUGGACAUGGGCAUCCUCGCGAGACGCGGAGCCUCGGCCGAUGCUCCCAAAGCCUCGACUCCGUCACCGGGGCAUCCUCGCCCAGCUACCUCGACCACUACUCCACGACCCUUCCUCUCACGCGGAGGGCCACCCCCCCCAACAGGGGCGCCACCACUAUCGGUUCCUGGGCUUCGGAGUGGGCCACCCGCCCAUUGCUGAUGUGGGGCAACGGCUGCAAACCUGGCACUUGGAGUUCAACGAGGGACCGACAAUAUCAGUCGCCGGGCAACCCACACGCAGUUGGUUCUUCCAUCUCCGGCAAGGGUUUGUACACAAUGUGGACGGAGCUCUCACAGCACAUCACGAUGUGGUCUUGGAGCCGGUCAGAGUGGUUCGGGGAACAUCACUACCAAUGUCGACGACCUCAAUGCCAACGCAGAUCACGUCGGAGAGGACCCCACCUCGUGCUGAGGACUAA